AUGAUAGACGUGGUGAGAAUAUUCAGCAAGGGGGGACUCAUCCUGUGGUCCUACACCUUCUACGAAAUAGAGGACGUGACCAUACGCACCAUCGUGAAGCACAUACUCAUAGAGGAGAAGUACGAAGACUUCUGCAAGAAGUACAAUAAGUUCCACGCCAAAUGGAAGCUGCUGAACGAUGUGGAUGUGGUCAUCCUCAUUGUUUACCAAGGGAUACAGAAUUCUGCCUAUGUAGAAAAUUUAUUUUUAAAAAUUAAAAAAUCUUUUGUAAAACUGUUGCCCAAAAGUCUGGACUACUUUGACUUGGACCUGCCCCUCAACUUCGACAAGCAGUUUUUGAAAAUCGUCGAGGAUGUGGAGGCCGUUUUGGCCAGCGCGGGGGCGGGGGCCGACAGGAGGGGUAGCGUAGACGGACGGAAAGGAAGCACUGAUGGGCGGAGAGCCAGCACAGAUGGACGACGAUCCAGCGUCGGUAAGGGAAGGGACGACCGCACGGAGGCCAGCGAAGACACCGGGGCGAGCGAACGCACGGAUGCAGACAGCUACGCAGACGACAGCGACGGAAAUUACGACGAGUCGAAGGGGAAGAACAAACAUGGGGCACACAAAAUGGAAGCAGAAAAAUACGGCAAGCAGAGAAGCGACGAGGAUGACAAAACGCUGGAGGAUGAUGAGCCGAGUAUGAAGCGAAAAGGAAAAACGAAGAAAAAAAAUGCAAGGGAAUGGGAACUAAGCAAAAAGAUAACCAAAAGGGAUAUAGAAAAAUUAGAUUAUUCAAAAAAUGAAAAGAACUCAACCGAUGUGCACGAAAUGAAUAAGUACGAAGGAGAGUUUGAAGAUUCUAGUGACUGCAAUGUGGAAAGCAAUAAUAACCUCCUUAACAAAUUGAACGACUCCAUUUUGAAGGUAUUCUCCUACAAUAGUAAAAUAGAGGAGAAUGAUAUCGAGUCAGUCCUACAAGGAGUUAAAAAUAAGCUGCUCUCUAAAAAUGUCGCCGUAGGGAUAUGCGACAUGCUGAUUGAGAAGAUGAAGGGGAACCUCAUUGGAAAGAAAAAAACGCUCUUCUCCAUGAAUGUCAAAAAAACAGUCUCCACGGUCCUCUCGGAGACUAUCCAAUCUAUUCUAAUUCCAAAACAAUCCGUGGAUGUCCUCCGAGCAGCCUUGGAAGCGAAAUCGAUUGGGAAAUUAUACUCGAUUGUUUUCUUGGGCGUUAAUGGAGUAGGGAAGUCAACCAAUCUAGCCAAAGUUUGCUAUUACCUGAAGACGAAGGGGAAUCUAAAAAUUAUGAUCGCCGCGUGUGAUACCUUUAGAGCCGGUGCAGUGGAACAGCUAAGAACCCAUGCCAAUUGCUUGGAUGUAUUCCUUUACGAAAAAGGGUAUGGAAAGGACGCAGCAGCUAUUGCAAAGGAAGCCAUUGCUUAUGCAAAAAAAGAAAACUUCCAUGUCAUCCUGAUUGACACUGCUGGGAGGAUGCAGGAUAAUGAACCCCUGAUGAGAUCCCUAGGGAAACUGAUCCUGAUUAACAACCCGGAUUUCAUUCUAUUCGUUGGCGAAGCAUUAGUUGGUAACGAUGCCAUCGAUCAGCUGAAAAAGUUCAACCAAGCGUUAACCGAUGCCACGUGCAACGGGAACAAGCGGACCAUCGAUGGGAUCCUCCUCACCAAAUUCGACACCGUGGAUGAUAAAGUGGGCACGGCCCUCUCCAUGGUGUAUCUCACGGGGAAGCCCAUCGUCUUCGUCGGCAUCGGCCAGAAGUACACCCACUUGAAGAAGUUCAACGUCAGCAUGGUCGUCAAGGCGUUGAGCUAG